UCGGCGGCGCUCUGCGCAGGCGUCCAGCUGCUGGCAUGCUGGCUCCUUGCAAAGCAGCUGUUUUGGGUUUGAAAUUCCAACAUGGCAGAGGCUGCAGUCAGUCUUCCCUUCAAAAACUUGGAAUGAUUUCAAAUCAUAGGCACCUUCACUUAACCCGAGCCCCCAUUCAUCAGCAAACACAUCGGAUCGAUGCUACUCUAACCUAUCGGGUGCUCGUACCAAAUCUCCAGGUUAAAUGAAUACCUGACGAAAGGGCCCACGUUUCAAGGCAGUGACAUUUGAUAGCUGAGAGGAAAAGUGGCUUUAAUGAAAAGCAACCUUUGGAAUUCCUGCUUGUGAAAAAUCCAAUUCAGCUUUUUGUGCUGCCAGCAAGAAAUGAUCAGUAGCACCAGUGUUUAUGGCUUGAAGAUGCAGUGGACGCCGGAGCAUGCCCAGUGGCCAGAACAGCACUUUGAUAUCACUUCCACCACCCGGUCCCCUGCCCACAAGGUGGAAGCCUACCGGGGGCACUUGCAGCGCACCUACCAGUAUGCCUGGGCCAAUGAUGACAUCUCGGCUCUCACCGCCUCCAACCUCUUGAAAAAGUAUGCAGAAAAAUACUCUGGUAUAUUGGAAGGCCCGGCUGAGCGGCCCAUUCUCAGCAAUUACUCUGAAGCUCCCUCGGGGCUGGUGAAUGGUCGGAAGAAUGAAAGCGAGCCCUGGCAGCCUUCGCUGAAUUCAGAGAGUGUGUAUCCCAUGAACUGUGUCCCAGAAGUUAUCACCGCCAGCAAAGCCGGUGUAAGUGCAGCCCUCCCUCCCACAGAUGUCUCGGCCAGCAUCGGGAGUUCACCUGGGGUGGCCAGCAACCUGGCUGAACCCAGUUACUCCAGCAGCACCUGUGGAAGUCACACUGUUCCCAGUCUUCAUUCAGGGCUCCCAUCUCAGGAAUACGCCACAGGAUACAAUGGCUCGUACUUGCAUACCAGUUACAGCGGCCAGCCAGCACCUGCACUUCCGUCUCCUCAUCCAUCCCCCCUGCAUAGCUCGGGGCUUUUACAGCCACCGCCACCACCGCCGCCACCACCAGCCCUGGUCCCCGGCUACAACGGGACCUCUAACCUCUCCAGUUACAGCUACCCAUCUGCCAGUUAUCCUCCUCAAGCUGCUGUUGGUCCUGGGUACAGCCCCGGGGGUGCCCCGCCACCCUCGGCAUACCUGCCGUCAGGAAUCCCUGCUCCAACCCCGCUGCCCCCCACCACCGUCCCCAGCUACUCCUACCAGGGCCAUGGUCUGACGCCCAUUGCGCCGUCUGCCCUGACAAACACUUCAGCCAGCUCUCUCAAAAGGAAAGCUUUCUACAUGGCAGGGCAAGGAGAAAUGGACUCCAGUUAUGGAAAUUACAGCUAUGGCCAACAGAGAUCUACACAGAGUCCCAUGUAUCGAAUGCCCGACAACAGCAUUUCAAAUGCAAACAGGGGGAAUGGUUUUGACAGAAGUGCUGAAACAUCAUCCUUAGCAUUUAAGCCAACAAAGCAGCUAAUGUCCUCUGAACAGCAGAGGAAAUUCAGCAGCCAGUCCAGCAGGGCUCUAACACCCCCAUCCUAUAGUACUGCUAAAAACUCGCUGGGUUCGAGAUCGAGUGACUCGUUUGGGAAGUAUACCUCCCCAGUAAUGAAUGAGCACGGUGACGAGCACAGGCAGCUCCUUCCUCACCCAAUGCAAGGCCCGGGACUUCGUGCAGCUACCUCAUCCAACCACUCUGUGGACGAGCAACUGAAGAAUACUGACACACACCUCAUUGACCUUGUUACCAAUGAGAUUAUCAACCAAGGACCUCCUGUGGACUGGAAUGACAUUGCUGGCCUAGAUCUAGUAAAGGCCGUCAUUAAAGAGGAGGUUUUAUGGCCAGUAUUGAGGUCAGAUGCAUUCAAUGGACUGACUGCUCUACCUCGGAGCAUCCUUUUAUUUGGACCUCGGGGAACAGGCAAAACGUUAAUGGGCAGAUGUAUAGCUAGUCAGCUGGGGGCCACGUUUUUCAAAAUCACUGGCUCUGGCCUUGUCACAAAGUGGUUAGGGGAAGGAGAAAAAAUUGUCCACGCCUCCUUCCUUGUGGCGAGGUGUCGCCAACCCUCGGUGAUUUUUGUUAGUGACAUUGAUAUGCUUCUUUCUUCUCAAGUGAGUGAAGAACACAGUCCAGUAAGUCGGAUGAGAACCGAGUUCCUUAUGCAGCUGGACACUGUACUGACUUCUGCUGAGGACCAAAUAGUAGUAAUUUGCGCCACAAGUAAACCGGAAGAAAUCGAUGAAUCUCUUCGAAGGUACUUCAUGAAACGACUUUUAAUCCCACUUCCUGACAGCACAGCAAGGCACCAGAUAAUAGUACAACUGCUCUCACAGCACAAUUAUUGUCUCAAUGACAAGGAGGUUGCACUGCUUGUCCAGCGCACAGAAGGCUUUUCUGGACUAGAUGUGGCUCACUUGUGUCAGGAAGCAGUGGUGGGCCCACUCCAUGCCAUGCCAGCCACAGACCUUUCAGCCAUUAUGCCCAGCCAGUUGAGGCCAGUUACAUAUCAAGACUUUGAAAAUGCUUUCUGCAAGAUACAGCCUAGCAUAUCUCAAAAAGAGCUUGAUACAUAUGUUGAAUGGAACAAAAUGUUUGGUUGCAGUCAGUGA